UCAGAAACUUCCCAGAGGAAAAUGGCAUUAGGAAAUCAUUCCACAGUGACUGAGUUCAUCCUCGCUGGACUAACAGAAGAGCCAGAACUCCAGGUGCCCUUACUCCUCCUCUUCCUAGGAAUCUAUGUGGUCACAGUGAUGGGGAACCUGGGCAUGAUCACACUGAUAGGGCUCAGUUCUCACUUGCACACCCCUAUGUACUAUUUCCUCAGCAGCUUGUCCUUCACUGAUCUCUGCCAUUCUACUGUCAUUACCCCCAAAAUGCUGGUGAACUUUGUGACAGAGAAGAACGUCAUCUCCUACCCUCAAUGCAUGACUCAGCUCUAUUUCUUCCUUGUUUUUGCUAUUUCAGAAUGCUACAUGUUAGCUGCAAUGGCAUAUGACCGCUAUGUUGCCAUCUGUAGCCCCUUGCUUUACAACGUCAUCAUGUCCCAUCAGGUCUGUUUCUCCCUGAUUUUAGGGGUGUAUAUUAUAGGCCUGAUUUGUGCAUUUGCUCAUACAGCCUGCAUGUUAAGGGUUAAUUUCUGCAAAUUUUAUGUGAUCAACCAUUAUUUCUGUGAUCUUCUUCCCCUCCUGAAGCUCUCAUGCUCUAGUACCGAUGUCAAUGAAUUACUGAUACUGUGUGUUGGUACAUUUAAUAUCUUUGCCCCUAGCCUGACCAUCCUUAGCUCCUACAUCUUCAUCAUUUCCAGCAUCCUCCACAUUCACUCCACUGAGGGCAAGUCCAAAGCCUUCAGCACUUGCAGCUCCCACAUGUUGGCAGUUUUGCUCUUUUUUGGAUCUGCUGCUUUCAUGUACCUGCAGCCAUCAUCAGUUGGCUCCAUGGAUCAAGGAAAAGUGUCCUCUGUGUUUUAUACUAUUGUUGUGCCCAUGCUGAACCCACUGAUCUACAGCCUGAGGAAUAAAGAUGUUAAUGUUGCGCUGAAGAAAAUGCUAAAGAGCAGAAUAUUCUAG